GGUAGUUCUUUGUGAAUGGACUAAUUAAAACUCUUUUGAGAUUUAAGUUUUAAGUUAAAUAUCUUAACUAUCAUGUUUUAUAAUUCACAAAAUAAAAUAAAAAUGUUAUAAGCUACACACUCUGAAAUUAUAUAUGUACAUCGCAGUACGCGAACAUCUGUUUCAGAGUGUUAUGAGAUGAUACUCCUUUUAUUUAGGCCUAUUAGUGAUAAUACUAAAAAUAAGUCAAAUAUUUCUAAAAACAACUGUAGGGCACAUACAACAGUGACAUGGUAUAUCAUGGCUAAAGGAAAUCAUGUAUGGAAAUUUCUUGAAGGAUGGAAAAGGAGAAAAGAAGCAGUUACAAGAUUAUCGCCAAGACUGGCAAGACUAUGUUGCGCAGAAAGAAGGUCACCCUGAGACUGGAUCAGAAAAUAAGAAGGAUUUUUUAUCAAGGCGUAAUAUUUUUUACGAAUUAGGAGAUGAAAUAAGGGCUGGUCCAAUAAGCGAUGACGAAUUCUCUCACUUUUCCUUUCCAACAAUAGGUUUCUGUGAUAUAAACUCUAAGGCUGAAGUAGCAGCGGGUUCGAAACCGGCACAGAUAAGUGAUCUUUGUAAAGAAGACAGGCAAAGGAUUGCACAACUUGUCACCGAAAUUUCCAGAUGUCGAGAAGAUCAAAAAGAAAAAUCUCAGCAAGUGAAGAAAUUGCUUGAUGAAAAUUCAGAAUUGAAAUCUCAUAUUGGGCAGUUAGAAAAAGACUUAUCUGCUUUACGUAUCAGUGUUAAGUAUGGUGAAGAAAAUUUAAGGCUUAUAACUAAAUCCCAUGUCGUAAAAGAAUCAAGCCUUAAAAAUCAGAAUUUUGAGCUUCAUAACAAGAUCAAAGUUCUUGAACAUGAAAAAUCUGAAUUACAAAUAAAAUUGGAAGAGGCUCAAAAACAGACUGAAAAGUUGGCCAAUGUUGUAUAUUAUGUUAGCAAUGAAAACAAGAAAUUUUAUAAAAAAUACGACAAUUCAAAAGAAAAAUUGAAAGUUGCCUUAGAAGCAAUAACUCAACUUGAAUCAAAACAAAAAGAUGCAGCUUAUGGUAAAAAAAUGGAAAAUAGAAGUUCCCAAACCAACUUGGAUAUUGUUCAUCAAAGUCGAUCAAGAUUAAAAUUUUCAAGAAAGGAACGUAAAUGUCAUAACAAAUAUUGUUGGAAGCAGGACCAAGAUGAAAGAUUUAGCUCAGAUGAAGAUAGUCUUAUUUCAGAGUUAUUUUUUAUACCGAAACAAAAAAACCAUACAAAGCUAACCUAUUUUUCUGAUGAUGAUUCAUCAUGAGAAAAGAAAAUAGUGAUACAAGAAGCUAUUUCAUUAUUAACAUUUUGAAACUUCAUUUUAAUUGUUUUGAGAUCAGGAGUAAAUCAAUAUGAAAUGCAUUAUUUAAACUAUAUUAUUGUUCUUUGCAAGUUUUAAUUCAUGAAAAUAAAUGUAUUAGCUAAGUGGCUAUUGUAUUGUGAUGAAGCAAUUAUUAUUAAAUAUAAAACUAAAUACCAUUGAGUUUUUUUAUUUUUUCAAUAAGUGUUUUCUUAUGAUAAAAAAUGUAUUCAUAUGUUCUGUGGUUAGCUAUUAAUUAGUGG